GGCUUUUCCUGUGGAGAGUAAGGCUUGGCUGCUACCAAAGUGACUCCCUAGUCCCAGCUGUCCCUCCUGCAUUCAGUCUGGGUACAACGCUGGACCCCGCCAACUGUCUCCACACAGAGGCGCCAGGGACUCCUCAGCCACCUGUGCACAGCCCUGUGUAUGGAGAACGGACCUGCCCAGCCUCGCUAAGAUGCUCCUGGCCUCUCCCUCCAUACCAUCGAGGGGACGAACCCCCAGCGCCGUGGAGAGGCUGGAGGCGGACAAAGCCAAGUACGUCAAGACGCACCAGGUGAUAGCACGUCGCCAGGAGCCAGCCCUGCGCGGGGGACCCGGACCGCUCACGCCACACCCUUGCAACGAGCUGGGGGCCCCCGCAUCGCCCAGGACGCCAGGGCCUGCCCGUCGGGGUAGCGGCAGGCGACAGCCCAGGCCCGACUCCCUCAUCUUCUACCGCCAGAAGCGGGACUGCAAGGCUUCGGUGAACAAAGAGAACGCCAAGGGCCACGGGCUAGUCCGACGCCUCUUCCUGGGAGCCCCCCGGGACGCUGCCCCGAGCAGCCCGGGACCCACAGAGAGUCCCGGGACUCCGGCGGGGUGGGCCGGGCCCCCGGACGCUCAGGAGGCCAGCGGGAAGCGCGCGCUGUGCCCCACAUGCUCGCUGCCGCUGUCGGAGAAGGAGCGCUUCUUCAACUACUGCGGCCUGGAGCGCGCGCUGGUGGAGGUGCUGGGCGCCGAGCGCUUCUCCCCGCAGAGCUGGGGCGCCGAGCGCGGCCCGCAGGUCGCGGCGCCGCCGCCGCCCGGCUCCGGGGACACCAGCGACUGGACGUCCAGCGACGGGGACGGGGGCACCCCGGACGGUGCGGGUGGCGGCGGCGGCGGCGGUGGCUCGGAGGCGGCAGGCUCGGCGCGGGACGGGCGCCCCCCGGUGUCGGUGGUGGAACGCAACGCGCGCGUCAUCCAGUGGUUGUACGGCUGCCAGCGCGCGCGCGCCCCGCCGCGCGAGUCCGAGGUGUGA